AUGUCUGAGUCAACUCCUCUUCUACCGGCUCACAAUGCAAGCUCACUACAUAGACCCGAAGCUGCUCCGCUAGAGGCUCCACCGAAAAGUCAAAAGAAUGGCACCCAAGCCAAGCUAGGCACCUUUGAGGGAGUGUUCCUUCCCACCACCCUCAAUGUGCUUUCAAUCUUGAUGUUCUUGAGGUUUGGCUUCAUCAUUGGUCAGAUGGGUAUCCUUGGAUCGCUCCUACUUUUGGUGAUGUCGUAUGUAAUUGACAUUUUGACCGUUUUGUCUGUCAGUGCUAUCUCAACCAACGGUACUGUAAGAGGAGGUGGUGCCUACUACAUGAUCUCACGAUCAUUAGGGCCUGAGUUUGGUGGCGCUAUAGGAGUAAUCUUUUUCAUUGGACAAAUAUUAAACGCUUCAUUGAAUGUGGUUGGUUUCAUCGAACCGCUUUUGGUGAACUUCGGUAAGGCUGAAGGCGAUGUUUUACCCAUUUUGCCUGUUUCUUAUAUGUGGCAGCUCUUGUACUCCACCGUUGUUCUCUUGAUUUGCACUAGUAUUGCCCUUGUUGGUGCCACUUUGGUAUCGAGAACUGCGUUCUGGUUAUUCAUCCUACUUACAAGCAGUACUCUUCUGAUACCUUUGUCCGCUCUCAUAGUGAAACCAGGUUGUCCGUUGUCCCCUCCCAAUGACAACUUAUGGUACUCGGGAUUAUCAUGGCAAACGCUUCAGGAUAAUUUGUGGCCCCACUUCACGAGUGGAGCUGCUGGUUCCUUACUCCCUCCUGGCGUGCCUGAAACGUUUAAAAACCUCUUUGGCAUUUUUUUCCCUGCAACAGCAGGUAUUUUUGCUGGUGCAUCCAUGUCGGGUGAACUCAAGAAUCCAUCUCGUUCCAUUCCAAGAGGCACGUUGUGUGCCUUGGCAUUGAGUUUCGUCUUGUACUUCUUGGUGAUUGUUUCCCUCGGCGCAUCAGUCCCUCGUGAAUUGUUCUACAAAGACAUCAAGAUCAUACAAACAGUGAGUAUUAAUGGCCUCAUAAUUAUAAUCGGAGAAGUCUCAACAUCCAUCUUUUCAGUUAUAAUGGGUGUUGUGGGGGCGGCUACUGUGCUUAAUGCCAUUGCAGCAGACAAGAUCGUUCCUGGAUUGUCAUGUUUUUCAACUUACAGGAAACCUCCUAAGGAAAAGCGCAGAGCUCAGAUGAAUGCCAUUCUCUUCACAUGGUUGAUUGCUCAAGCGUUCCUCUUUGCUGAUAUCAACCAAAUCGCAACAUUCAUCACUAUGGCAUUCUUGAUGACAUUUUUGGUCACCAACCUUGCAUGCUUCUUAUUAAGAGUUGGCUCUGCUCCCAACUUCAGGCCUUCAUUCAAGUACUUCAAUUCAAAAACGGCAUUUACCGGUGGGUUGGUCUCCGUCAUGGCAAUGUACUUAGUGGAUGGCGUAUCUGCCACUUCAGUCAUUGUUUUUCUAAUCUUCCUCAUAAUGGUGAUUCACUACAGCACUCCUCCCCUGAAUUUUGGUGAUAUAUCGCAAUUACUUAUCUAUCAUCAAGUGAGAAAGUAUUUACUUCGAUUGAAGCUCAAUAUGAGUGUGAAAUAUUGGAGGCCGCAAAUACUACUUUUAUGUGAUAACCCAAGAACGUGCUGGAACUUAAUCGCAUUUUGUAACCACCUAAAGAAAGGCGGAUUGUAUAUCCUAGGGCACGUUGUUUUGAUGAGUGAUGACUCUACCCCGAACGGAGAGGUAAGUUCAGAAUUUAAUGUUGCAUCAUAUAAGGAAAUUCAAAAGCAAAAGAAUGCAUGGACCAAGCUUAGAGACAUGGCUAAGAUCAAAGCCUUUGUGCAAAUUGCGAUCGGCCCAUCUCUUCCGUGGGGCGUCAGAAAUGUCUAUCUUGGAUCGGGUCUUGGUGGCAUGCGCCCAAAUAUCACGGUUCUAGGUUUCUACGACUCGAAGAAGCAUGGAGUUGAGCUACCUUUGAAACAGGUAGAAAAGUCUUUUUCAACUCUCCAUUUACCAACUGACGAGUGCAGGAAGGAGAGACAAGUUUCUGUGAAUCAAUGGGUGCAGAUAGUUGAAGACUUAAUGAUCAUGCAAGCCACUGUGGCUGUUGCUGCCAACUUUCUUGAAAUGGAAGUUCCCACUCUCCAAGGCCACUCUUGGUUACGAAAGUUGUCAAAAAAUGGCAAGCAAAGUACUAGCUAUAUUGAUCUAUAUCCGAUACAGAUGUCUUCUGUCUGUUUGAUGGAGGACGGAAAAUCAGUGAUGUCAACCAACUUUGACACAUAUACUUUGAUCCUUCAGCUAGGUUCAAUUCUCUCCACCGUUGAUGAAUGGGAAAAGAAUGGCUACAAGCUUAGAAUUAUUGUUUUUGUGGAAAAUGCUAGCGAAGUAGAAGAUGAAUCAAAGCGACUUAAGGAUCUCUUAGCUUCAUUACGUAUAGAUGCUAAGACUAUCGUGAAGUGCUUUGAAGACGGAUCUUUGACUACCUAUAACAUUCUUGUCAAGGGUUAUAGAGUGAAUCAAUCUAACCAAACUGAGUUCAAUCACAUUUCUGACGUGUUACAUAGUGACCAGUGGUGGACUAAUCUAUGUGAUGCGAGGGAGUCUCUUCGCCAAAUCGAGAGACAGAAGCUUCAAAGAAAGAUGAAUGGCAGGAAAUUGAAGUCUAUCAAUAUUGGCGAGGAAAAGAAAUAUGACCCUGUUCUGUUUGAUUUUUCAAAGAGCGGUAACUCACCUAUAACCGGACCCAGUCUCAAGAACAACAGAAGGUACACUUUGUCGAAUUUACAUGACCAGGGGUUAUCUCUUUCACUCAACAUGAUAUCUCAAGGCGGUAACUUCUUUGACUACGAUCCAGAAGACAGUAGCGACAGCGAAACAGAGGGGAGCGGUCAUAGCUCACUGACUCAGAGUACUAGCAGGCAACGUACCCCAGACGUUCAAUCGACCGAGCCAAACUUAGAAGAGCAAUCCCCUAAUUUGUUGGCGAACACAAAUCCCGAAACCCCAUCUACUUCAUUACAUGUUGCACCUGUCUCCUCUGCAACGCAACAAAGAUUGCCCCCCCAAAGAGAUACUAUCAAUCUCAACAAAGCUUCACUCUUGACAAAGUACAAAUCUUCACUUGGGGCACAAUCGACUGAUCAGCUUUCGGUUAAAUCAGCAAUGUCGAAUCUUCGUCCAAACUUUCUGUCCGUCAAAAUACCACAGUCGAAAGUCAGGGACGAAGAGGAUGAAGAAGAAGUUCAGCGUGCGACUCAAAAUGAGGAGGACCAAGAUGAUGCAAAUAUACCGCUGAUUCAGUUCAUUGAAGAUGAGCAAAUACCCGAAGGUCCUUCUAAAGCAGGUAGCAUAAAUCUCGGAACCGAGAUUUCUCGAAAUGAAAGCUUCUUGAACUUCACCGCUACUCACAAGCGGCCGCCUAUGAUGAGGGCAGCCUCGAUCAUCGCCAAUGAUGAUAUCAAGAAUCAUAUAAGGGCGGAUGAUAAUGCCUCUGAUGAAGAUGACCCGGCUAGUUUUGCUGAAAGAGAUAAAAGAUCUGGCACAGAAUCCCCUAAAAAGUUAACUCUGAGGCAGCUUCUGGAAGAAUUGAAAAACCUCACGUUUAAUGAUCUACCAGCCAAGGGACAACAUAUCAUUCUUAACGAGUUGAUGAAUCAGGUGUCUGGCGGCGGGAAGGCGGCAGUGAUCUUCUCUACACUUCCUGCUCCUGCAAUUGGCACACAUUUGGAUGAUGAAGCAUCACUUGACUACACCAACAGUCUUGCCAUAUGGUUGCAUAAUCUCCCUCCCACGCUUCUUAUCAAUUCACAGACAGUAACGGUGACAACGAAUUUAUGA